CUGACCGAAGCGCAAGUUAGAUGAUCCUUUUUGACCGGACUAUCAGAUUUUGAAGACUAAAAACCCUGAAUUGCACGGCACGUUAGAAAAAAAAUUGCCAGUCAUCGGUGUAGUCGCUGUCAAGAAGACUGAGGCUGAACCUCAGGGGACAGGGCAAGUUAGAUGAUCAUUUUGCUCAGGCUAUCAGAGUUUAAAGUUGGCUAUAUAAGAGCAUGCCAUCUCUCCUUCUCUCCCAAAGCUGAAAGCCCUCACCAUUAAAGAAUUGAAACUCUUAUAAGUUGUUCCAAAAUGACAAACAUAGUGUCGUUGAUUUCCCUUUCCCUCAUCAUCAAUGCUAUAUCCCUUCCACCAUUACUCACAUACGCGAUCUCCUCUUGCGAUGGCCCAUGUAGUACUCUUGAUGACUGUGACGGCCAGCUUAUUUGCAUCAAUGGCAAGUGCAACGACGACCCUAAUCUCGGUACUAGCGAAUGCUCUGGAGGAGGAGGAGGAGGAGGCAGCUCCUCAUCUGAUCCUACCAAUUGCCCCCCGUCCUCGGAUAUCCCCUCGUGCGAAGGCCAAUCCAACCCUCAGUACUGCUCGCCCCCGGUAACAUCCUCCACACAAGCGCGUCUCACACUGAACGAUUUUAGUGAAGGUGGUGACGGCGGGGCCGAAUCGGCGUGCGACGGAAAGUACCAUAGCAACACAGAGCUGGUGGUGGCACUAUCGACAGGGUGGUUUCAGGAUCGACAACGAUGUGGGAAGAUGAUCAAGAUUGAGGCAAGUAAUGGGAAGAGUACGACGGCUACCGUAGUGGACGAGUGUGACUCUGUAAAUGGGUGUGAUAAAGAGCACGCGUUUCAGCCACCAUGCAGGAACAAUAUCGUGGAUGGGUCGAGCGCUGUUUGGGAUGCGUUGGAGUUGAAUCAAAACGACGGUAUCGUGGAUGUUACUUGGUCUAUGGCCUAGACGUAGGCUGGCUGAGUAAUUGAGGAGCAUCAAGUGUAAUAAAAUGGCGACGCAUUUUAUAUGGCAAACAAAUGCAAGUGGUGUGAACAAGAAUUAAGAAAUCUGGCAACACCAUUAAUUAUUAGGGAUAGCUUGAUAACUUCAUAUGAGCCGACCUAUUUUAUUAUCCUUA